AUGUCUAUGGAUAAUAUAUAACCUUUAUCAAAUAAUAACAAACAUUAAUUUGCUAUAAAUUUUAUUAGCAUUACAAGCUUCACAAUUUAAAAUAAUUAAGUAACAUUAGAUUAUAUAACUCUUAAGCUUAAUAAAUUAAAUUAAAACACAUUCUCAUCAUUUAUACAAGUUAAUCAAUGCAAUGAUAUUACAUUAACUGAAUGUAUAUUUUAAGAUAAUAUAAACUCAGAUGGAUAUGGAGGUGCUAUAUAACUAAUAGAAACAUAAAAGGUUCAAAUAUAUUACUCACAUUUUAUUUCUAACAAAUGCCUUCAAAAAAAUGGAGGAGCAAUCAAUUUUAUAAACACAUAAUAUUUAGGUACUCUGGAUAUUAAUUUUUCCGCUUUUAUUGUAAAUUAAGCCAUACUAUCAACUGGAGGAGCUAUUAACAUAUCGAAAGUUAAUUUAAUAUUAAAGAACUCGCAAAUAGAAUCCAACAAAGCUCAAAUAGGAGGUGGAAUUUAUUAUUAAUCAAUAAUUCCUGACUUUGUGUUAUUAUUAUAGAAAGGUAUUAAUCAAAAUAAUACUAUUUAAAAUAAUUACGCAAGCAUCUAUGGUAAAAAUUUGGGAUCAACUUUAAGGAAAAUUUAAAUUUCUCAAAAAGAUAUUUCUAUUUAAAGCUCACAUAAUAUAAAUUAGAAAUAAAACUCACUUGAAGUAGAAGGAAUCUAAAGUGGUGAGUAAAUAAUUUUUUAAAAAAUACAGGUUAUUGAUGAAGAAGGAACUCCUGUUUAUAUUCCAUCAAUUCAAAAUCAAAAUAACUUAAGUGAUGAUGUAUUACUAAUAAUUAGAUAGAUCAAUAUAGAAAUUACAUGUGAUUAAUUAAAUAUAUAAAUAAAAUGUGUUGGAAAUUUAAAAUCAAGCGAUUAUUAAAAUGGAGGUUUUUAUUUAACAGUAUAGCCUAUGUAUAAGCCACUCAGUACAAUGAUUAUGAAAAUAAGAUCAAAUGUGUUUCCACAAUUAGUUGAUUCUAAUAACAAUAUCUAAAUUAAUUAAGGGUAGAUUCAAAAAUAAUUUAGUAAUUCUAUCAUUUGUGAGUCUUGUCCAGAGGGAAAAUACUCAUUAGAUAUUCUUGAUGGUGAGUGCAAAAAGUGUCCCGACUCUGCUGAGUAUUGCUCAGGUUCAAAAAUUUAGUUGAAAAAUGGUUACUGGAGAAGUAAUGAAUUUACUGAUGAGAUUAUUUAUUGUAAUUAUAAUCCUGAUGUUUGUUAACCUUAAAGCAAUCAAUCGAAAGAUAAUUAUUUCUUGAUAAGAAAUAUAGAUUCACCCCCUAACAUCAAAAUCAACAUCAACCUUAAUCAUAACACUAAUCUCAACGCUAACGUCAACUCUAACUAAAUUUUAAUAUCCAAAACUUUUUGA